AUGCCAUCCGCCCCGACGUCGCCGUUGGGUGCCACCAGGGGCGGCGUCUGGGGCCCGUAGAUGGGCCCGUGGAAGGGCCAGGCGCACUGCCCAGGGCAUUGGCUGGCCGAGUUGCCGACCCAGAUGUAGGCGAACCUCGCGUGGCGGUUCUUCCCCCAGGGCAGCCGCGCCGACCCAUGCGAUCCACAGCGGUUCAUGCAGAAGCCCUCCACGGUGACGUCUGAUGCGGUGAGAAUGACGGUGAUGGAGCCCCGGUGGCGGCCGGGAGCCGCGAGGUCGCGAAUGUCGCGAUCGGAGAGGAUCGUCCCUCGGGGACGUCCCUGCAGCAUCACCUGACGCCCCACGGCGAGUGCGGUAGCACCAUCCUUGUAGGACUCGGUGGUGCGCCACCAGGAAGCAACAGAGGGCGGCGAGGCCUUCCCCGAGGCACCCAGGCCGGGGAGGGAGGUCAGGAAGUCGACGAUCACGGCGCGCUGCGAGGCAGAGAAGGCGCCGUACCAGACGAUGUUGAGGGAGUAGUUCCCCUUCAGGAGGGUCCCGUUGUGGUACUCGAGAACAAGCGGCUUCUGCUGCACGAGGGCCAACUUGCGGGGGUGCGCCACUCCGUUCGCCGACGCUGGCCACGGCGGUAGCAAGGCCAGCAGGAGCAGCAAGAAGAUGGCGGCUGCCGUGGGCAUCACCACUGGCGGUGCGAAGCACUGGCCCACCAUAUAUGUCCCUCUUCCUCUACCUGAUCUGAGACGAAAGGUUCGGAGGAAGCCCAAAGGCGCAGGAGAUCAGUUUGUUCCGAUACGUCGGACAUGGGGUUUUACGCGUGGCCGCGGGGGUUUAUAUAAAGUUUUGGCCGACGCUGGACAGCUUUAGGGGGGAUUGAUAUCCGAAACAGCUGUACCAGGCGUUCGUCCGCGAGGGGGAGCGGAGCGUAGAAGUUUCCACAUACAUCUAACACCUAUGCUGAUAACAAACGUAGGGAAAUAAAUAAAUAAAUAAAUCUACCUCUCCCCUUCAGUGCCCAUGUCUGUCUUCGUCUGGCUGGGCGGGCAGGCACGCCGCACGGGAGGUGUGUGACGUGCGGGUCAAGCGAGAGCGUCACUGUUGGCUCUCUGCAGGGACAAGAACGUCAGAUAGGAAUUGACGAAAACAACCCACGUAGGGUGUGGAUUGCCACGCUACAAAAUUACACCUUCCAAAUCGUGAGUUGGAAGCUGAGAGAGUUCAAUCACUGGAUGAGCAAGGCCAACGGUAUAUUUUCCGGCCGGACAAGGGCAUCGCAUUUGUCGCUUGAUUUACAAAGGAGGUCUCUGCCAUUAAACCUUAGAAGAAGUUUCCGGGAAGACCGCGGGUCCUGAGGCGAGCUCCGCAGUCUGUGUGCUCCCAAGAACUCGGUUUUGGCUAAUCUCGAAGCAAGGAUCCAGCGAAACGGCUUUAUUUAACCUUUUAUCGAAACGUUGGGUUACAGAUUCAACCAUCACACAUAAGAUUAGUUUAUUCGGAUAAUGCGAUAUCGGUUCAAGCAAAUGCCGUGGCCGUCGGGUCGAACCUUUUUUACACUCAAGCCGACGGCUUUAACUUGGAUAGCCAUAUAGUUUUAAUGAAUGGAUUCCCGCGUACUUCGGACAUAUGGAACAAAGUCAAGUAAAUCAUCAAGUGAGUUGCUAUCUCAAUAGCAUAGAUGUCCUGGUGUCCAUGAUAUUUUUCUGUUUUUAUCUGACUCAACUUACCUGUUCGUCCAUGUUUAUUAACCCACUAAUUCCAUGUUCCAGUUGAGAAUACAAGGAGAUAGCCCAUGCUGAAUUCGUUGUUCCAUAGAUUGUAAAUUUUCAGCUGUUUGAGAAUACUGGUUCAAAUUCCAAUCACAAUGGCUCUAAAAGAACAUCAAGAUAGUGACCGUCUAUGGCUUCAUCUUUGCAUUGUUGAAACCCAGAAGGCUUUUUCCUUUUUGAUUCUGAGGUCAAAGUAAUUAUUCUGAUUCUAGCUAAGAAACUAAUUACUCUUCAGAUAUACUUCAAUCCUUAAGUAUUGAUAGGGACUUGUCAUCUCCUUUUAUAACAUGUGAGUGUGACCUUGAUCUAUAGAGGAAUUUAGAAAAAAGGAUCACCUCCAUAGCACAUCAAGUUUGAGCCAAGGUAAUAUCAUGCUGAGUACUUCUUUAAUUUUUCAGACAACUAAUAAUAAAUGUGAUCUCUCAAUAAACUCAGAAAUGCUCUCAUUUUUAUUCAUGGUAAACAGUUCAUACUUAUAAACUAAUCGAUAUGUGCUAAACUCAACUGUUGUAGUCCUUCAUAAAUAAUCAAUAGUAUAUUUAAAUUAUCUAGGAUCUAAUCUACUGAUCAAGACAAUUUUGAUUUCUCUAUUGCUAAAUAGAUGCAUGUUUAAUAUCCAAAGGUUGUCCAUUUUUACUCCAAUAAUUGAUAAUCUAAGGCAUAAUUGAUAUUUUUAUUCUUGUCUUCCAAAAUGUGUAAUUAGAUAUACUGAAUAAAUAUGUUCUAUGUGUUGGAUAAUUCAAUGAAUUUUUGCUGAUGAUGAAAAACACAAGAGACCAAUUAAAAAAUCAAAUUAUGGUUAGUAAUUAUUAAAAUAAAUAAUAAAUAAAUAUUUUUAUAUGUGAUCUAGAGUUUAGUUAAAUAUAAAUUGAAGAAUAAUUCAAAGUAAUAGUAAUACAUACGUAAAUAAGAACUCCAAAAAUACUCUUGAAUUUCCUUAUUUUUAAUUCUAUUAUUUGGUAGAUUUUACUAUGUGGAAUUGUUAUUUGGUAUAUUAUUGUGAAAAUUAUCAAUAUUUAUAGAAUAUAUCAUAAUGAAAGAGUAAUGGUUAGGAUAUUUGAAUUAAUGAGAAUUCAUGCAAUGAAAUAUGAAUAUGAAAGAUCACUCAAUCUAUUAUGUGUCCAUGAUGUUACAUCAAUAUUUGAUAUUGAAUUAAUUUAUUGAAUUAAGACUACUAAUAUUGUUGCAUAAAAAAUAUGAUUAUUAACAAAUUUACUUUAGAAAAUGAUUUUAAAUGUUAUAAAUCAUUGGUGUUAAAAUUAUAAAUAUUGAUAUUGAAAUUCAAUGUGUUUACUUCAUAUUUUUAUUUGCACUAAUUGAAAUAUGUUUUGAUUGCUAAAUCAUCAUGUUACUAAGAGAUAUUAUUACUUUGGUUUAAAGAUAUCAGAUUCUAUAUGUUUAAAGACAUAUAGAUGUUGCACUUUAAUUGUAUCAUGUAUUAGUUUCUCAUGAGAAUAUCUAAAUGCUUACAGGGAUUAUAUCAUAUUAGUUUCAUGUUGUUAAUAGGGGAGUAUUUUGAAUUAUAGUCAUCUAGAGAUAAUGAAAAAUAGGGAGUAUUUUGAAUUUGAUUUCUCUAUAAAUACAAAUAUAAUGGCUAAUUGGUUUUGAACAAUCACCUCUAACCUCUAAAAUCUCGAGAGUUUCUUUGAUAUUUUUUAUAGAAAAAUCUAUGAUCAGUUUUGAGGUCUUUUGUGUUGGCCAAAAAACAUGAAGUUUUUGAGUUAAGGAACCACUUUCAAGCAAUGAGUGACCUUCCAUGACCAGAUGAAAUUGAUAAUGCCUUACACAUUCCACCAACAUCACUAUCAAAUGAGGAUAAUAAAGAUCAAGUUAAUAUCAUCCUUAACUUCAUCAGAUUCUUUGACACGCCCCAAGUCAAUAUCAUCUUUUUGGAAACAACUCAUAAUGAAAAUUUUCAUAUUCCUUGUGAGAUAAAUUUGUGAUUAAAUCAUGUUCAGUCAUUCAAGGAUGUUGACUCAUUCAUCAGCUAUUGGCCACCUAAAAGAAACUUCAAGGUAAAAUUUUGCGAGUGUUAAACCUAAUGGUUAGUGGUAGAGAUCAUAGCAUUUGAUCUUAGUAGAACCAAAAAAAAGGUUGUUCUUAGAGGGUGAACAUAGGCAAGGGAUUGAAAGACAAACAAUUCUUUGAGUUCUACUCCUCUGUAUUUUUAUAUAACACUAGACUUAAGACUUUGAAAAGAAAAUAAGAAAAAUCAAGAAAACUUGAUCAAAGUCAAUAUUAAAAAUUAAUAUAUAAUAUCACUUAUUGGAUUUUAGGUGCUUUGACUUUGUAGUGGAGACUUUGUACUUGAGAGAGAGAGAGAGAGAGAGAGGAUAAAGAGAGAAGUCAGAAAGAUAGGAAAGAUAACGAGGGACAGUCAGACUGGGAGAUAGGAGAGAGGGUGAACCGCAAAAUGGGGAAGAGAGUUGGCCAGUCAAUGUACUUGACUGGUACUGGUCAAAGGUGACACGUGAGAGAGAUAUCAAAAAACAAAUAAUAAAAAAAAUUGCGAUAGAGUUCGCAAUCGCGGAAGAGACGUUUCAUCGGGGAGAGAGAUUGCCUGCGAAGGCAAGAGAAGCUCGAUGAAAGGAACACAAAAAAUGAUUAAAAGGGAAAAAUAAGAUGGAAAAAAUAGUCGUGGCAGAAGGAAAAUUCUGGAAGGAAGGAGCAAAUAUGUCAGAAAAGAAACUCAUCGGGGGAAGAGUUCCCUCUGUGAGAGAGAAAUCACCUGCCAAAAUGAUAUUUCCAGUGAGAGAAAGAGAAAAGAAAUGUCAAAUCAAUUGAAGAUCAAAAGGGAAGAAGGGAAGUAGGGAAGAGAUUGGACAAAAGAUAGAGAGGAAACAUACUUCAGAGAAAGGAGAAAAUUCAUCUGAAAAGGAAUAACUCACGCCGAAGAGAAGUUCCUUAUCGACAUGAGAAAAAUCACCCACGAGAAUGAUCUCUGGCGAAAAAACACGACAAAGGACAAUCAAACAUAAAAGAAAGAAUAAUGCCAAAUGAAGAAACAGUUAAAAGAAGGGAAGAAUGAGAAACACAUACCUGAAAAUGGAAAACUCGCUGGUAGCAGCAAAUGCCAGUGAGAGAGAGUGAAAAAUUGACGACGGAACGGGGGAUUGGGGAAUGUAAAAGCAAUUGCAUGAAAGGUUAAGAACUUGGAAAAAUAACGAAAUAAUAGAGAGGAAUGGGGAGGGAGGGAAGAACACACUGGAAAGGUAAGAAACAUGAAGAAGUCCUCCCAUAUAUCACCUGGGAAGAGAGAGCGAAAGGGAGUGCGAGAAAUCAAUGAAAACUUACUAUAAAUUCAAAAACUAAAGAUCCAAAAUGUUGAGGAAUAAGUGAGAGACGAGAAGGGAAAAGGGGGAGAGAAGAUGUGCAUGAAAUAUAUAGAUAAAGAAAUUGGCAGCAGUGGAGCGGGAUGUGGUGACAUAGUACAGACCCAUGAAUGCCUAAAGGCCAAAUUGUCUUUAUCUUAUAGCCAACAAUCUCCUUGUAACUUUAAUAUAGAAAAAUAAAUAGUUAAAUCUAAAAAACUACUAGAAAUAGAAAUGUAAUUAUGAAAAAUCUAAAAUACAUUGAUAUCAAUAUUUAAACUCUUAUUUACAUAUCAUUUCAUGAAAUUAUGAUAAGAAUGCAUACUUUUAUCUUAUUUUUACUUAGAAAUAUCAUGGUAUUAGAUGACUAAGCAGAUAUAAGAACAUAUUUGUCCUUGUUUCCAUAGAGUUUUACUCUAAUCUUCUUGUGUUUAAGAGGAGGGUUGCUGUCAUCUGAUGUAAUCAAGGCAUACAAAUGCAUUUUGACAUUGACGGGCUGUAAGAGACGAUCUAUCGAAGGAAGCUUCAUCUAUGUACAGCCAUGGACGUAAGAGGUUUUUUUGAACCAAAUAAACUUAUUGUGUUCUUUGUUCUUGUUAUUCUAUUUCUCUCCCUCUCUCAUGUUACUUUUUGCAUUAUAGUUCUUCUACACAACUAGUGGGAAAUGAGGAUGCUUCAAUCUCUAGCACUAGGGACUUGGGGAUUUUUCAAUUGGUUAACUAUCUGCCUACGUCCAAUCUCAAGGUCACCUCAUUCCUAGGUUCCAUUAAAAAAAUAUAUUUUGUAAUCAUGCCUCUAUCUUAGAAGUCAUAACUCCCACAAAACAUUUCUAAAUGUUAUUUUACACAUUCACAGUUCUAAAAGGCCACUAGUAAUUGCAGAGAUCAACUCAUUGAGUGAUUAAAUCCAAAUUUAAUCAUAAGUUUACCAACACAAAGUAAUGAAAGAUUUCAUUGUUGGUUGUUUCUAGAUGAUGAUGUGGCUUGAUGUUUGUUAAGAUGUUAAAUAACAAAGAUCACAAAUUAGAAUUCGAUUUUUUUAUAUUACAAGUGAAAAUUUAUUUAUAACAAAAUAAUAUUGAGUCAUUUAUAUAUAUAACUAAUUUACAAAUAUUAUAUGUGAUAUCUAAUAAGUCUUCAUUAUCACAUUGCAUGGUAAUUCAUAUUACAUUUUUUUAAAAAAAAUCUAGGUUGAUUGUAUGGCACCAAUAUGAAGGAUAGUGGUAGCAUCAGGGCGAAUGGCAUGAUGAAGAGUACACAUGAAGAGUGUGAGACAUCGUUCUUAUUGUUGAAAUUUAUCUAUAGAAAAAGUUACGUAUCUAUUAUAGAAAAAAAAUAAAUAUAAUGUAAAUUUUAAAAAUUAAUCUAUGGAAAAAAUAAAUAUAAUGUAAAUUUUAAAAAUUAAUCUAUGGAAAAAAUAAAUAUAUGAUCAAUAGUAUUCUUGAAUGAAUAUUGAUAAUUGAAACAUCUUGUGAAUUAUAUCUAUGAGUAAAGAAGUGAUAAAGAUGUAAAUAGAAGAAGUGAAGUUUAGAUUAAAACUAUGAGUACUUAAAUGUUUAAGUGUUUGACAUCAUUCUUAAAUACUUAAUAUAAGAAUCUAAAGUAUCUAGAAGUACAUCAUUUUUAAUUAUAUUUUUAUGUAUUAAAAUAUAAUAUUUAAAAUUUAUAAAUUUGUAUUAAUUUUCGUAAUUCUAUUACUAAGAGACUAUAAUGAUUUAAAUUAGAAGUGUGAUAAGUCUUUAUUAUUAUGUGAUAAGUCGAUUGACUUCGUCAAAUGGGGGACUCUAUCUCGUCACUUCUAAGUAAAGUAACUCAGCGAGGGGCUUCAUCGGUCAGUCUUUCCCUCCAAGCUUGAUGCUUAACUUUAACUCAUGAUAAAUAGACUUAUAUUUAUAUUAAAUUAUGAAAAAUAAUUUUUAAUUAGCUAAUGUGAAUUUUCCAUUAAUUAUGUGAUUUUAUAUGAAUUUAUAUAAUUUUUAUAAUCUUAUUUUUAAGAUAAAUAAAAUAAAAUAAAAAGAUAGAAAAAAGAGAAAACCUGAUAGCUAGUCAGGCUUCUAAGUGGGUAGGAAUCACAAUUAGGUGGAAUCACGAGUAGGCACUUGAGUGACUAAGGACGGAUCAAUAAGAGACACGUGUGUGUGAAUCCUCUUUCAUGUCACUAGUAGCUAGUUGCACAUGGGGUAAGGAAUGGUCAUACACAUGCAAGAAAUAAACUUAUUACUUACCAAAUCUUGUAUUCAAUAUGUUCAUCUCAAAAUUUGACAUAUAAUAGAUGUGGGACUAAAACGACAAUCACAACUUUUCUAGAAUAUUUUAAUGAUUUUUGUGCCUCAAAUACAUCUUGUUUUAUCAUGAAGUAUCAUGAUGAUGUCACUUUAUAAGAGUAUUCAUGUACUUGUUUCACUCUCUCAUACAAAGGGGAGAUUGACGAAGGUUAAAAACUUACUAGAGUCAAAAGUCAUAUUUUUAUCUGAUUAAAUCAUGAUUUUCUAUAGAUUUUAUGAUUAAGCUACUAGAAUUACUCAAUUAUCAAUGAAAAUUUUAUCAACAUAAUUUGUGAAGUAUUAUUAUUAAAAUUACUAAAUGAUUCUUGAUAAAAGAAUCGUAAAUUCAUUAAGUAAAUCAUCUCUGAUUGAUUGACGAAUAAAUCAUAAUCAAGAAGAGGAUGAUUCAUCGAGAGAUGAGUUGUCACCUCCUAAGAAUGUACUAAAUGUAAUGAAGAGCCUCUCUUGCUGCAUAGACAUGAGGAUGAAGUUUUCUAAAUCGUGCCUCACCUUCAUCAAACUCAUAUCUAUUGGGCGAUAACUACUAGAGAGCUAUAAAGUCAUCAUUUUUCUAUUUUAUUAGGUGACAACCACUAGAGAUGACUUAAUGACCUAUUUUAUUGAUUUCUAGACUUCAUAAAAAGAUUUAGAGAUUGUUCAAUCGUCCUUAUACAAAAAGAACCUUUGAAGUCAUAAAUAUUAUAGAAUAAUCCUUUUAAAUACACAAGAUUUAAAUACAUCACCAUCGUAAUGACAAAACUUUAUUUAUUAUUUUUAAAUAAUUCAAUUUAUACCAUUACUUUUUGAACUUCAAAAGGAGAUCCAAUGAAUGCCUAUAUCAUCUAUGUCCAAAGAGAGACCUUGAGAUCCAACAAUUAUCAUCCUAAAUAUAUAGAAUUCUAGUGAUUAUUAUCGUGAGGCUGAACUUUAUCUUUCCUACUUUUAACUUAAUUUUCACUUAUUUUAGGGAUAAUUUGUGUGAUUUAAAAGUCUAAUACCUUAUUUAUUUAAUUAGGAUUCUUCUUGCUUUUAUUGAUAUUAAUUUGACCAUUAAAUUAUUUGUAAUUAUUUAUGUAAGAAUUAUCGAGUGGAACUUUAUUUUUACCUGAAUCAUGUUCCUCAAGGUACUAAUGUCAUCUUAAUAUUUGUACCCUUUUUUUUCUUUUUUGUGAAUUUUUAAAUAUAUUUUUUAUUCAUCAUUUAGUUUAAAAAUUAUAAUAAAUUAUAUUCUUUUUAAAAAAAUUAAAUAUUAUUCAAUAUUAUCUUACAUCCCUAUGAUCGACUUUGAAAUUCUCUAUUAUUUUUAAAAUAUUUUAUCAAAUAAUAAUUUAUUUAGUUUAUUAUAAAUUUUAAAUUUGUGUGAUUUAUUAUAUAAUGACUAAGUCAUAUGAAUAUCAUAUUAGUUAUAUUUGUUAAUUUCAUAAUCCUAUGACUAACAAUUGAAUCCAAGAUGUUAAUCUUUGAGACCCAAAUAUUCUUCAUGGUAGGAACACUUGAUUGUUGAUCAAUAUUUAUUAAGGAAUCACCAUUUGAUAAAUAAAAAUAUACAUGGUUAACUCAAUAUAGGUAACACGUGAUCAUUUGGUUAACACAUCAAAAUAAUUCAAAAAAGAAAUGGCACAAAUAAGUCUUGAACUUGGCAUCUAGAUGGUGACAGAUCAUCAACUUAUGUUGAUGAAGAGUUAGUAUGAACAUGAUUUUUUGGAUCCACUCUCAACAAAAAAUUAUUCACCAUCAGGUAUGGUAGUUCAACUUUCAAAUGAAAAUAGAUGAGAAAAUAGAAAGAUUUGAAUCACUAAAUAGUCAAAAGUUGUAAUUGUGUGUUUUGAAAGAUGACAUGUUUUAAAUAAGUUUCCUAAACUUCCAAGACCCUAUGAAAUCAAUAAGUUGUUAAAAGACAUAAUAAACAAGGAGAGGCUAGAGAAAGAUAAGACAACUCCAAAUGAAUAUCUAAGUGAUAAUUUCAAGCUCUUCUUGUUAAGCACAUUAACAAUGAACAUAAAGCUUCUUUUUGAUCUUCCUAUGACUUUAACAACUCAAAUUAACAUCACCAUUUGAUGUGUUAACCACGUGAGAGUGUAGGAAUUGUCAAAAUUCAUUUGUAAUUGUCAAUAUAGGUGCAUUAAAAGAGUCUAUGGAUAACCAAUCUAUGAGUUUAAAUGUUAAGGUAAUUAAUAUUUUGUUUAGUAUUAUAAAUGUUUGUAAAUUUAACCAUAUUUCAAGUUGUGAGACAAGAAAAUAAAUGUGAGAUAAGAUGCAUGUGACAUAUAAAGGAACUUCUCAAGUGAAGGACACGAAAUUGAUAUUUUAGCAAAUAUGUAUUAAUUAUUUUGAAUGGAAGAUAAUAAGUCCAUUCAAAAUCUUGUUUGCAGAUUUGAUGAAAUUAUAAAUGGUAUGAGAAACUUAAGCAAGAUAUUUAAGAAUGGUGAGUUAAAUUGAAAAUUACAUUGAUCAUAACUAAUGAAUGGUGUGUUAAAGAAUACCAUUUGAAGAAUUAAAGGAUUUAAAAGUUAUUCAUGUUGAUGAUAUUAUUGGCUCAUUGUUGACUCAUAAACUUCACAUGUCUAGAAACGAACAUUUUUAGGAAAAGAAAAAAAAAUCUUAUAAAUAUGUUGAAACAUCCGACGAUGAUGAGAAGAUUGUAUUUCUAUCUAAAAGAUUGAAUAGGUUAAAAAGAAGAAUAGAAACUUCAGGGGUAGAAAAGGUAUGAAAAAGUUUCUUGACAAUCUGAUGAUCUUUGCUUUGAUUGUAAGAAAUUGGAUCAUUUCAAAGCUGAUUGCUCAUUGCUGAAAAGAAAGAUUCAAGACAACAUGAAGUGAAAGUGAUUCAAGCCUAGAUGAAGAAAAUGAAGAAAAAGAAGAUAUAUGCCUAAUGACAAAAUCUUAUGAGGUAUGCAAUCCUAUCAUGUUCUCUUUAUUUAAAGAAAAAAUACUUGGAAGACUUUUAACUUUCAAAGCACACUUUCAAGCCCACUCUUUCCUAAUUUAUCCCCUAACAAAGGGCACUCAGAUGCCAUCGUUAUAGAUACUUAUCCACUAUUAAUUAGCCAACCAGAUCCUAGGUGUCUCAUGUACAGUCAAGGCUGUACAUGUUCAUUUGUGUUGUAGUGACUUAUUUCCAUUACUGCAUUAGAAGUAGGCGACCAACACAGACAUAUAAAAUGAAUGUAAAGUAGGACGAGGCUAAGUUGUUGAAAGAAAACACCAAGUUAUCAAAUGGAAGUAAGUCUAAUGCUUAUAUAAAAUGAGUAACAUCAAAUCCUACACUGACCCAAUGACUUUAGAUACCUAUGUUCUACUACUCAUACCUCAAUGGCUGCAAACUAUUCUGUAUGGAGAACUGAGCAUGCCUUGAAGUGAGUACCACUGUGACGAACAGGAUGAUAGACAAGACAUCCGAAAGAGCAGAGUACAUCGCUUGAGCAAUCCCCUUACAGCGCGUGAGAAUACAACGGUCAGUGGGACUUCAACCUUCGUUUAAGAGGUCACCAUGCUGAAUGGCUCAGGGAGAACAAUCCCCGCAUAAUUCUGUAAUAAGGACUAUCUUCUCUUAUGACACUUCAGCCAACACCAUAACGUAUAUAGUUUUAUGGACGGUAGACAGUCUACUGGCGCAAUGUAAGAUCUGAAAUAAACUCCCACAUUAAAUGCUAGCCAAUUUUGUAUCGAUGGAUAUACCCUAAAAAAAAUUGCACAAUCCCGCAGAUCCCACGUAAAAUCAACCUCCUUGGCUUAUCCGUAAGCUUAUACCUAUAAUAUGUACAUGAAAUCACGUCGUAUUUAAUAUGACCGUCUUACACGAGCGGCGUGCAUCGCGACCUGCGGGGGUCCCACAUAGCCGGCAGCAGGUACCGCCGGCCGGCCACACCGUUGGCGUUGUAGCUGCUGCCGCUGGCGCUGUCCACCAUUAGCUUUCCAGGGUAGCCCGGGUACGCCCCCGUGCCGAAAAUCCCCGGGCACGCCGACACCGCCUCCAACGGCGCCUCCUUGGGCCCCUGGAAGAAACCGCUCUUGAAAGGGUUCGUCACCGUCGCCGCCACCAUCGACGCCAGGUUGAUCACCAUGCCGUCCGCCCCGACGUCGCCGUUAGGCGCCACCAGAGGUAGAGUCUGGGGGCCGUAGAUGGGCUGGUGGAAGGGCCAGGCGCACUGUCCCGGGCACUGGCUGGCCGAGUUGCCGACCCAGAUGAAGGGGGACUCCCGGCGCCACUCGCCGUGGGUGCCACACCGGCUCAUGCAAAAGCCCUCCACAGUCACGUCCGCAGAGGUGAGAACCACGUUAAUGGCGGCGGCACCGCCCCCAGCCUUUCCUGCUAGCGUAACCAGGUCAGCGGAAUUGAGGGACUUUCCGAGAGAGCAUCCUCCGUCGAGCACCUGGCGGCCCAGGAAGAGCACCGUCUUCCUCCCAUGUCCAUAG